GAAGGCAGGGGUAGCAGAGCAGCCUGGCACUCCUUGCCUGCCGAUAACCUUGUCCACUGCAACCCAGAGUUAAAAAGGUCUUGAAUCAAAAAUAAAGUCUUUGGUAGAGAAAUCAAGAUCGGUAGCUGUAGUAGAGGAUGGACUCUGUCACGCCACCGUCAGCAGCAGCUGUGCAUCCAGUAAUCGUGCCGCUCUCAUAUCUGCUGGGGACAUGGAGGGGCCAAGGAGAAGGUGGCUAUCCCACUAUCAACUCUUUCUCUUAUGGAGAAGAGCUCCAUUUCUCUUCCAAUCCUGGCAAGCCUGUGAUAGCUUAUAAUCAAAAGACUUGGAAACUCAAUUCUGGAGAGCCUAUGCAUGCCGAGAGUGGUUACUGGAGACCCAAGCCUGAUGGUACCAUUGAAGUUGUCAUUGCUCAGAGCACUGGCAUCGUUGAAGUCCAGAAAGGGACUUAUAAUACACAAGAUAAGACGAUCAAGCUUCAGAGUCAAUUGGUAGGCAAUGCUUCUAAGGUGAAGGAGAUAUCACGAGAUUUUGAAUUGGUGAAUGGAGAUUUAUCAUAUGUGGUUCAAAUGGCUACCAACCUAACUGGUAUUCAGCCACAUCUGAAAGCUUUGCUCAAGAAGCUCUAACAGUUUCAUGCCUAUUUAAAAUUGGCAGAGAAUAUAAAGUAGCAUGCAUCUUGGCUGAUCUUGAUGCUUGCAGCUGCUAAAUCCUUGCAAGCAAUUGUUAAAUGCACAAAGUGCCGUCUUGUAAAUUAUUGUUGGAGUUGCUUGUUUGUCAGCAGACAGUAAAAUCCUUAAUUGAGUUUCCUGACAAUGAUGUAUUAAUGAACAUGUGAUCGUUUUAUUUCAGACAGACUUGUGCUCUGUAUAUGAUUUUAAAGCGUGUCUUUGAUUUGUGCA